AUGAUGCCAACAUUAGGAGGCGGGGACUUUGAGCUGGCGGUACGGCAGCAGCCCAAGUAUGCUUGCGUCGCCAUCGAGAGAAAACCGAUCGACCCUCCGCCCAUAGUACAGCUCAUGGUCAACCCGAGGAAAGAUCCGGCAAGGACGUUCCUGCAGAAUCCGUACCUGAUCCUGACUGCCAGACUCAUCCGCAAGGGCGACGAUGACCCAGAUGAUCCGUCGGGGCCGAAAGAGAGCGACCUGACGGGCACGCUAGUAUCAUCUCUGUACAGCCUCAAGGACACAGAUAACACUCAGGGCGGCUUCUUCGUCUUUGGUGACCUGUCAGUCAGGAGAGUAGGCACCUACCGACUCGCCUUCAUCCUCUACGAGCUCAAGCUGGCCGAGAAGGAGUGCUGGCUGCUCUCGCGCACCGUGUCCGACCCGUUCGUCGUAUACGCGACCAAGACCUUCCCCGGCCUGGCCGAGUCCACGUUCCUGACCCGGUCAUUCAGCGACCAGGGCGUGCGCCUGCGCCUCCGCAAGGACUCGCGCACCGUGUCGACCAAGAAGCGCAGCAUCAGCCAGGCCGAGCAGAUCCGCGCGUCCCAAGGGAUACACGGCUACCUCCCGCACGACGCCAGCCACGACCUCAGCCCGACCGGCCACUCUCCGCACCACCACCUCCGCCGCAUCAGCACCCUGCAAGACCCGGGCAUCCCGCCGGGCCACCCCCUCGACCGCUCGCGCAGCUCCAUGGGCUCCCAAGGCAGCUACUACACCGACUCGCCUCAGCUCCGCUCCGCCGGAGACUACACGCCCACCUCGUACGGCUACACGACCGCCGGCUACGACGACGCCAAACCCCCGCACAAGCGCGCGCGCAUGGACGGCACCAGCCUGGACAGCCCGCACGCCGGGGGCUACGACACCGACCCCGCCACCACCACCACCACCACCACUCCAACCAGCUACCACAACCCGUACCACCACCCGCACCACCCACCCCCCGCCCACGCACACACACACCACCCGCACCCGCGCACCGUCCCCGACCCGCUGACGUCCCUCUACCCGCUCGCCACCCCGCCGGGCCCAACCCACGCGACCACCAGCCCGGCAACAACAAGCUACAACCCGCUCGCCGCCCUCUCGACCAUCCCCCCGGCCCUGCCGACCAUGCCCAGCCCCUACACAACCACGGGCCCGACGAUCCUGCCGCCCCGCCUCGACACCUCCCACCUGCCGCCGCACUCGCCCGUCGGCGCCGCUGGGGGGCCGCCCGGGUCCGCUACUUCCACCGCCGGCGUUGCCGGCGGCGCGUUCUCGCCGCACGGUAACGGUGGUGGGAAUGGUGGUGGUGGUGGUAGCCGGCGCAGUCCGGCCGGGUAUGCCUAUGCCGCGCACGCGCACCACGCGUUUGCGUCGCCUGUGGUGGGGGUGCCGUUUCAUCCUGCUGCUGCUGCUGCUGUUGCUGGUGGAGGGGGAGGUGUGAGGAAGCCGUACUGA